UCAGGCACCUGGUACCUUUAAGUGACCGUCGAUAUUUGUAUGCAUUUAAACCGUUGAAGAAAGAAAGGGGGAAAUAACCAAACUGCUGGACAAACUCCAGCAUCUGGAGUUUUUCUUGUGGAAACCGAUGAACGUGUACGGGGCGUCGUGAAACACUGCCAACAUUACGGGGAAUUUGAGAGCAUCAAAGUUCAGGGUCUGAAAUGAUAACAGAGAAAAAAAAUGCCCGAGUGCUGAGUACAGCGGGGGCUGCGGAAUGAUUUGGAAACAAAUUCUGCAUUUUGAGCACGUCUCCGACAGGCAUCCGGUACAGGGACAGAGAGCCGCACAAUCAAAACCGGCGUGAGGGAGGCCAAUAACAGAAGAGUAGUGGUUGAAGGUGGAACUGCACGCUGAGGUCGGAGUGACGAUCCCGGGGCGGAGCUGCACGAAGGGACCUUUCAAAGCUCAGCGCCGGGCACUUCCCCUGAUCGCCGCCGCUCAGCUGGGCACCGCCGAGGAAGCAACAUGUCAAGCAGCAAAUGUGAUGUGAUUGUCAUUGGUGGCGGCAUCUCAGGUCUUUCAGCAGCCAAGUUGCUGACAGAAUCUGGGCAGAAAGUGGUGGUACUGGAGGCCCGCGACAGGGUUGGAGGGCGGACUUUCACAACCAGAAAUAAAAAUGUAAACUAUGUGGACCUAGGUGGAGCUUAUGUGGGUCCAACUCAAAAUCGAAUCCUACGUCUGUCAAAAGAAAUGGGCCUGGAAACCUAUAAAGUGAACGAGGUUGAGCGGUUAGUUCACUAUGUGAAGGGAAAAUCCUAUCCUUUCACGGGUCCAUUCCCACCUAUGUGGAAUCCAUUUUCCUACAUGGAUUACAACAAUCUUUGGAGAACCCUGGAUAACAUGGGGAAGGAGAUUCCAGUCGAGGCACCCUGGAAAGCACCCCAGGCGGAACAGUGGGACAAAAUAACAAUGCAACAGUUGAUCGAUAAACUUUGCUGGACUAAGGUUGCCAAGCACUUUGCUACACUCUUUGUGAACGUGAAUGUCACCUCUGAACCACAUGAAGUCUCUGCUCUCUGGUUCCUGUGGUAUGUCAAACAGUGCGGUGGGACAACACGUAUAUUUUCAACAACCAAUGGGGGGCAGGAGCGAAAAUUUGUUGGUGGAUCUGGACAGAUCUGUGAAAGAUUAAUGAACUGCCUUGGAGACUCUGUAAAGCUGGAGAAGCCUGUGAUCCAGAUUAAUCAAACGCAAGACAAAGUGGUUGUGGAGACUCUUGAUCAUGACUUAUUUGAGGCAAAAUAUAUCGUCUGUGCCAUUCCACCAGCCCUCAGUCUGAAGAUUCAUUAUGAACCACCCCUUCCGCCUAUGCGAAACCAGCUUAUCCAACGUGUUCCCAUGGGAUGUGUGAUCAAAUGCAUGGUAUACUACAAAGAUAACUUCUGGAGGAAGAAAAACUACUGUGGAAGCAUGAUCAUUCAAGAUGAGGAAUCUCCUAUUGGCCUUACACUGGAUGACAGCAAACCAGACGGCUCAUUUCCUGCUAUCAUUGGGUUCAUCCUCGCUCGUAAAGCCCGGCAUCUGGUAAAUCUCACAAAGGAAGAGAGGCUGAAAAAGAUCUGUGAGAUUUAUGCCAAGGUUCUUGAAUCUAAGGAGGCAUUACAUCCUGUCCAUUAUGAAGAGAAGAACUGGUGUGAAGAGCAGUAUUCAGGUGGAUGUUACACUGCAUACUUCCCUCCAGGAAUUAUGACGCAGUACGGCAAGAUCCUGAGAGAGCCAUUUCAGAAGAUCUACUUUGCUGGCACGGAGACGGCCACUGAAUGGAGUGGGUACAUGGAAGGUGCAGUGCAGGCAGGGGAAAGAGCGGCCAGAGAGAUCUUGCAUGAGAUGGGAAAAAUUUCAGUAAAUGAGAUCUGGCAACCCGAACCUGCUUCUUUGGAUGUUCCUGCAUUGCCAAUCAAGUCAACGUUCUGGGAGAGGAACUUGCCUUCGGUUACAGGAUGCAUCAGGCUUUUUGGAUGGUCGACAUUCCUCACUUCUGCAGCUGCUGUAGGGCUUUUAGUGUAUAAAAAGGGACUCCUGACAAGAAAUUAACUUGGAGAUUGACGGAUCACUUAUGGUUCACUUUCACUGUUAACAUCCUAUCAGCUGUGCUAAUCAUCUAAAAUAUCCCUGUUGUACUGAUCUAAUACAAUGAUUUAGUUUUCCAUUAAGAAAACUGCAGAUGAAUCCUUAUUGUUUGUGCACUUUCCGUAAGUUUUACAUUAGCGUACUGGGAUAUAUUAGGGGUUAACAGAACAAUAUUGAUAAUGAAAAUCACAGAUCAUGCAUAUACUGUUUAUCUUUUGAUAUCACUUAAUUUUACUUUAAUAUGUUAAAGUAAAUUUUAGAUUUUAGAAGAAGUCUGUAUCUUUACUGGAAUGUAAUUCCUUAAUUACAUGCUUAGUUAAUAUUUUCAUUGUUUUAAUUUUGCCUCCAAUUCUGUUUACAGUCACUUGGUCUUAUCAGAGAAGUGGUUUCAGUAUUCACUGAUUCAGAGACUUAAAGAUACCAACAAUUCUCUUAUUAUCCAACUAUAUUAGACAGUGAUGACUUCUUAAAUUCUUAAAUUAUAUUUAAUGCCUCUGAAAUAUGUAGACAGAUAUCUAACUUGCAGCUUAAAAGUAGAAAUUAAUUUAGUGGGAUAUAUUGCACAGGAAUUGUGUUCUUUCAACUUGAAUUCUCUAUUUCGUCUGUGAAAAUUUGAUCAGCACAGUCAAUGGGCAGCUCAGGCAUCACUUCGAUUCACAAGUUUAAGGGAUUUGCAUAAAAAUAAUGGUUCAUAUUUUGUGUUAAUGGCAUAGAUUUGCAU